ACGAAACGCAAUAUCAUAACGGAACAAAGUGUAGAAAAAUUGAGUAUAUUUGCAAUAAUCGAGAUCAGUGCUCUUGUAGAUAACAAGGCCGAGAGACGUCUAGAACGAGCGGAAGAAAUGCUUCUUGGUGAGGACCAGCUUAAGUUAUUCAAUUUCACGUCUUCCAAGAAUACCAGUUCCAGUUCCUCCUCGUCCUCCAUCUGUUCCCCUGAACGCUCCCCCCAACUCCUGCGGAGACAGGAAAGGCGUACCCGCUCCUGGCAGGGCAGGCAGCAACGACACCGAUCACGACAGAAUAUAAGGGAGCAGGACCGGCUCUUGGUGGAUUCUCUUACUCGGCGCAUUCAACCGAUGCUGUUAGAGGGACGCGCUGCCGAAGUUAAGACCCUUCUGCUUCAUGCACUUGCCAAGCCGAGCACGCGGGAGCGUGCUCUGCGUCUUAUUGGCUACGUCAGCGAUGCGCUCUCCUCUUCUUGGUCUGUUCAGGUAUGCGUUAUUGUGACCUGGACUAUCCUUUUGCAAAAAACCCAGACAUUUAUCUCUUAA